UAUGUUACGGUAACCUCUUUGGUUUGUUUUGGGAUUGUUGAACUUACUUCAUAGCUGUUGCUACUUGCAAGUGUUCAGCUUGUUGUGAUAUGUUGUGUAGGCGUAAUGGUUGUGCGAAAUAGUAAGCUUAUAACAUUGGUGCGUCGUAAGUUCUUCGUUUCUAAUACCUAGUGUGAUAAGCAUGGUCGCUGCUGAGGCGUCUGAUGUAAAAACAUUCACCUAUUAAGGAAACGUUUAAAUAUCCAAAUUUUUUGAUGGGAAGCAGACGUUGGUGAUGGACGACCAAUAUCGUGUGUGCAUUGAUUGCAAAAUUCCAGUACCAGCUUGUAAAUUUCAUGAACAUCUAAAAACAAAAGCUCAUCGUGAAAGGAGGAUGGCGUCAAAAUUGGAAUGUGGUGUUUAUAUCAGUCAACUACCAUUGAGAGUAACAAAGGAAAUACUAGUGGGAGUAUUGGAAAGGUUUGGUAGAGUUCGUUCGUGUUCUUUAAAUUCACACACAGGCACAGCCACAGCUGAUUUUGAAGACAGAGAAGCGGCUGAAGCAUUGCUCAAGUCACCUGUGCAUGUUUUAAAUCAACUCAUCCACACAGAACCAAGAUUAGAAUCCAACCAGAAAAAAAAUACUUCACCUGAAGCUGGCAUCGAUAAUGCAGCUAUUAUUUCUGCUAUUGAGCAAGCUUGUCAGUCACCCAGUACCAACAUGGAAGAGCACAUAGGAAUAGUGCUGGAUUUUAUAAUUUUGAGAGAUCCAGCACGUGAUGACAAGGUGGCAACAAUUGUGGAAGACUUGGAGCAGCAUCUUGCAAAGCUGUUUCCAGAUUGUCGAGCUGAGUUAUUUGGUUCUGCAGUGACGGGGUUAACGCUACCAGGAGAUGCCAUUGACAUAUCAAUAUGCGACGGACCACGUCGAAGAAGUGUAUCACUGCUGGGGAGUAAAGAAUCUGCUAUUAACAUUUGCAAACUUUUGCUGAAUUUUCCGUACAAGUUUGCAAAUGUUGAUGAAAUGCCAGAUGCAAGUGAACCUGUGAUAAGAUUCCUCCAUAAGUCUACUCACAUUAUGUGCAAUUUGGUUAUAAAUGACCCUGAAAGUCCUAGAUCUAGUCGCCAGUUGCGUUGGGUGCUUUGCCUGGAUGAACGAAUACAUCUAAUUAUUGUAUUCAUAAAAUAUUGGGCAAAAUCUCUUAAACUGAUUAGUAAUGCAAAGUUCUCCAGCUAUGCAAUGACAGUGCUGGUUUUGUUUUACCUUCAACAAAUACCUGAAGCCAUGGUUCCUGCAUUACGUGUAUUGCAUGAUAAAAAUAUUCCUGAAAUGGCAGAAAACAUAACUAACAAUGAUCCUCUGAGAAUAUUAAUUGAAGAAUUUUUUGGUUACUACUCAGAAGUUAGACUGGAGCAAGUAGUAUUGGCCCCAUACAUGGGAGAUGUGCUGGACCGUGAAAUUUUCAUUCGAGGAGGAAUGGCAAUCCCACCAGAAAUGCAGCUGUAUAAUAGAAUAAUGUAUAGUGGUGCUAGACCACUCAUAAUAGAUACCCCUAUGGUUUUACAGGACCCGUAUCAAUUAAAUGUGAAUCUGACCAGUAGAGUUGAUGAAGGAACUGUAUCGGAGUUUCAGAUUAAAUGCAAACAAGCAUAUGAGAUGGUUAAGACCGGAAAUCUGUUGCAUCUUCUGAAAGCACAUUGCUCAUCCACACUCUCAGAAAAACCUCCAUCCUCUGCAGUUGUUAACACUUCAUUUAAAGCUGCAAGGUUUUUGCAACCAAAUUAUCUUGUACCAGAACCACAAAAUGAAGUUGUACUAGCAAAGAAGGAACUGUUUCAGAGGUGGCUCAAUGUAAUGUUUGUGAUUUUGCCAGACUUCUUGAUAAACUUUGUGAGGCAAGCUUCAGCCGUGAUAAAUUGACUGGUGCUUCCUUGUGCAAAUUUUACAGCUCCAAGAGGCUGCAUUACUUCUGCUGACUGCUUAUGCUACAUCUGUAGCAAACUUGUAUUGAAAAAGAAGCUGCAGACAAUCUCAGACUUCGUCAAAAAAGUGUAUUUUGCAUACUUUGGUGUCAAGAUUGACGGUCGAGAUAUGUCAUGCGCCUCACUUCAAAUACAUUCAAGUUAUGUGGGACUCCUCAUGUGGUCUAACGAUAAGAUGAUAUCUUUCCAUUUUGGGGUAUGGAAGUAGCCUUGUGUUUGUGUAACAUAUGAGGACAUAGCUUUAAAAUUAAAAAGGAAAUCUGUUAACCAAACAUUAAAUCUGUAUUGUGCCCUGUGCGCCAUGGGCCUGAUUUCCUGUACCUCUCCUGCUGGGAAGUCCUUAUGCUUCCACUUUCACGUAACAAUACACACAACAUUUCUUGUGAAGACUGUGAAGUCGUCGACUGCUGUGAGGCACAGGUGUUUUCACAAUCCAUAUUGGAUGACUGUGCCCUAGAUGUGUGACUGCAGGAAAAGAACAUGUUUCCCACUGGAACUUCUUUCUGUUGAUUCAGGAGUAGGUGAAUUGAUAUUGAUUCAGAAAUAGAGGAAAAGAUAUAAUUCCUUACUUGUUUCACGUGAAUUAUCUUGUGUACUGCUCUGAUGUUCUUGGUUUGAUGCAGAUGUUUGGAAUUCAGCGUGAGGCCGAAUACUCUUUAUUAGUUCUUGAAAAAGAAGUCUCAAAGCUGUCUUAUUCAAUGCAAACAAACAUGUUAUUUACUUUUGGAGCUUCUGUAUAUUUGAAGAGGUAUUGUGAUUCUUUAUCCUUUAUUCAUGACAAUCUUAACCACAAAGAACAUGAAAGGACCAUUUUCAGUGAUUUGAAAGUACUCUCCAUAGUACUUGGUCAACAGGAUGGCUGUGCCAAAUUCCCCCACUUGCGUAAAAAGUGUGACAGUCACACGAAGGAUAAGCAACAGUAACAGAAAGUCUGGCCAGUUAUAAUGCUGAAAGCUGCCUACCUGCCUCCUCUUCACAUAAAAACCUGGCAUUAUGAAACAAUUUAUUGAAGACCUAUUACAAGAUGAUGAUAUGUUCAAGUGUGGGAUAAAUAAGUUUCUGCAGCUAUCAGAAAUUAAACUGAAAACAAAAUUAGUGUUCACCAUCCUACAUUCAGAAUCUAAUGAAAGACAAAAUAUUAAAAAAAGAAAAGAAAGAAAGACAUUGAGAGAUCAGCUUGGAUAUCCUUGAGAAAUGUUGUUGGAAAGUUUCUUGGUGACUACAAAGACCCUUAUAGCAGAAAGUGAUAGGAAUCAUUCUGCGUAACAUCAAAGUAUUGGGUGCCUUGAUGAGACUGAAGCUGCACUUCCUGGUCUCCUAUAUCAGCUGGUGAUGUGAGAGAGAAACGAUUCAGUGACACAUUAAAGAAAUGGAAUGGAAGUAACAGGGCCAAUGGGAUGACAGCUGACUAUCGCAGGAUGCUACACUGGGAAUGUCCUCAACCAGUCCACAAAAAAAAUUUAAAAAAAUGGAGCUUUGAGGGUAAGACUCAUUAAGAUAUAUGCUUUUGUACCACACUGAAGAACAUAAUACUUCAUUAUAAUGUUAGAAUUGUCUUAUUUUACUGUGUUUUUUAAUAAAGUUUUUUCAAUUCUGGAUCUUCACAAUCACUUUGCGAAUAAACAUUACAUGAUAGAGGGAAGCACUUA